UAAUGCAAUUAUAUUUAAAAAUGAAGAAAACGAAACAUCGAGAUUUUAUGUGUCUAUUUCAUUGAUGACGGAUAAAUGUGCAGUUGUUCUGUCUGCUUAACCUAUCAGGUUAAGUAGAUUACUUUUAUUACAAAAAGUUUCGUAAAUUCAAACAAUUCAAAAUUAAAAGUAUCAAGUCGAGAAUGAUCGUAAGGACGAAAAAUAAGCUUGAGAUCGCAUUAAUUUCGGAGCUUUGGCUACGCAAUGUCUGACUUUCCAUUUUUAGAAUUGCAAAUAAUAUCGGUAAAUCUCCUAAGUUUGUUUGUCAGUAUUUGGAGUUGGUUCAAAUCAGCUAAAAAACAACUAGACAAGAUCUCGAAGUUCUCAAUUUCUGAUGAAUUAGAUUUUAAGGAUAUCGAUUGGCUAAAAAAGGUUCUAUCGUGGAUUGAGGUAAUUCGAAUUGUCAUCAACCUUGUCUUGCCUCUUGCGAACAUAGUUAACAUCUGCACAAUAGCGACACGAAAAUGGCAGAACUUGCUCAUAUUUUGGAUGGUGCUCAGUCUUUUCAAGGAUAUCGUUUUGGAAGUCGUCGUCGUUGUCAUUACAUUCUUACAAUGGCACAAGGGAACCUUUUCGACGAAGCUCUUAAUCGAGUUUAUAGUAGAUAAAAUAAUGUGGCUCCCUUUUGUGAGUUACAAAUGGUGGAUAAGCCUCAAGUGGUACAUGCAGCUACGAAGAGAGGCAAAAAUUCGUAGAUUCGCGAAAAUCGCGAAUAUCAUCAAUGUUCCCGGAAGAAUCGGUCAUUCUCUAGACGAUGAGUGUCUUGAAAUAGCGACAGGUCGACGGGACAAGUACGUGAGUCUACUGAACCUGAACAGAAGACUUACAGAAAGAUCGUCUAACAAGAUCAAUUUUGACUUACGGAUUUCCAAGUCGUUGACGACUUUGUUUACCAACGAUGACAGUCACAAUUCGAACGACGAUACAAAUAGUUCGAGUACCAACGACUUGAACGUGGCGGAAAAAUCAAUGAAGAUUCUGGGAUUAACUGCGGAAGAUGUGAUGGACGCGUACGCCAGGAUACAGGAACGAUCCUACUGGAAUGAACAGGAAGUAACAGCGGAAACUCCGAGCGGAGCAAUGGAGGAAGCAGUGGCUCAAUUUUUCUUGGAAAAAGAUGGAGAAGAAAUAAGUGAUCCUUUAAAAAUAGAUGAUCUUCAGAGAGAAAAGAAUGGGAAGAAAGAUGGGAAAAAGCUAAAGAUGUUUUAA